UGCCAGCUGUGCUUCCUCCAAGCGGGCUGAGGAGCAGUCCUGCGAUCCCGCGCGCACCGUGCAACCCGCGCUAUCCAAGGGAUUUAAAGCUCUAUUAACUCCUAGAAACCGGCUCCCAGGAUCUGCAAGAAGACGCAUGGAUUAUUAUUUCAUUCUUUUUUUCAAGAGGACGAUGUAAAGAGUUUAUUCGCAAGCAGAUCAGUUAGAAGGGAACAACGCUGUUGGAAAGGUGUGCCGCUGCUGCUGUGAACACGGAAGAAGACGCUUAGAGAACACACACACACACACCAAGCAUGGAGCUAAAGGGCUUUUGAAAACAACAGAGAGAGUGCCCAGUCGUCCCGUGUAAGACCCAGAGUCCUUUGCGUUUGGGCCUUGGCUGGUGGCCGGGGUCAAAGGUGAAGCGUGAUGAUGCCCCGUGAGGUCGUGACCCUCAUGCCCUUCCUGCUGCCCCUUAGCGCCGUGUUGCUGACGCCACUGCUGCACAGCUCCAACGCCUUAUCUCUGCCCACCUUCACCAAGGUGCCCAUGGAUCUGAUCGGCGUGUCGGGGGGCGCCGUGUCGUUUGUGUGCCAGGCCUCCGGUGACCCCAAACCCAAAGUCACCUGGAACAAGAAGGGGAAGAGGGUGAACUCACCCUUGGCGUGGAAUAUUGAGUUUGAUGAGGGGGCGGGGGCGGUGUUGCGCAUCCAGCCCCUGCGUGCCCCACGUGAUGAGAACAUCUACGAGUGUGUAGCGGAGAACACCGUCGGAGAGAUCACCACCUCCGCCAAGCUGUCAAUCAUCCGAGAGGACCUGCUCCCAGGGGGGUUCCCACGGAUAGACAUGGGGCCGCAGCUGAAGGUGGUGGAGGCGGUGAGGCAGCCACCAUGCUGUGUGCGUGGCGGCUUACGCCCGUUCGAGAUCAGCUGGUUCAAGGACCUACGCCCGCCAGGCAGGCGCGCUAGCAGCGACCGCAUCAAACAGCUACGAUCAGAGGCCUUUGAGGGUACCCCCAUCAGAGGUGCCCUGCAGAUAGAGAACAGUGAGGAGACUGACCAGGGGAAGUACGAGUGUGUGGCGUCUAACGUGGAGGGCGUGCGCUUCUCCUCCCCUGCCAACUUGUAUGUGCGAGAACGUCGAGAAGGUUGGUGUGUUCUUUCUUUUUUACUUUUUUUACUACCCACAUAUACAAAGAGAAAUGACAGAAACAAACAUCUGCCACAUCACCUGCGCAUGGUGGGCUCUGGGAUGUCUCUACGGAAGUGGAUGCUGAACUCGGAGGACCUGACGCCCGAGGACGAGAUGCCCGUGGGCAGGAACGUACUGGCGCUGGAUGGGAUCCAGGAGUCGGCCAACUACACCUGCGUCGCCAUGAGCAGCCUGGGCAUCAUCGAGGCGGUGGCACAGAUCACCGUCAAGUCCCUGCCCAGACCUCCUGGCACCCCCAUGGUAACGGAAACCACGGCGACCAGCAUCACCAUCACGUGGGACAGCGGCAACCCGGACCCGGUGCUCUACUACAUCAUCCAGUACCGCGGCAAGACGGCCGACAGCAAGUACGAGACCAUGGACGGGUAUCACUUACCACGCUACAGCAUCGGGUGCCUUCUCGCCCAACACCGGACUACGAUCCGUGUCCUUUCUCACUAUCGUUAGGCUCCGCCUAGCUAGCCUGCGGGAGGCUCAAGAUCGGGCUAGCAGGCUCCUCGCCAGCCCGCCAACGCCCAGGUGGGCGCCAAGAUCACUGCCAUCACGUGGUGGUGCCAGCCGGACGAGCCCAACGGUCAGAUCAAGGGGUUACCGUACUACACCAUGGACGCAUAGCCAGCCAGCCAGUGGGUAGAUCCACAACGUAGUGACAGCUGCAAGCUACUCAUCCAGAGCCUGGUGUCCAGCGAGACCUACAGCACUGCCCUGGCGUUUCACUCCUCCGUACACGGGUCAGCCUCGGACCCCAUACAGGUCAAGAUGGUGCUCGGGGUUCCCGGGCAACCAGAGAAGUUCCAGGUGGGGUCAGUGUCGGACACAAGCAUCCAGCUCACCUGGGAGCCAGCUGGUAGCCUCAACUACGAGCCACGCCAUGAGGGAGGAGCUAGCGCAUGCAGUUUGGGGGUCUCCUCGUACGUGGUGGAGGGCCUGAAGCCCAACACUGAGUACCUUUUCUCCCUGGCGGCCAUCUCCAAAUGGGGCAUCGGUGCCUUCACCAGCGAGAUCUCCCAGAAGACCCUGCCAGCACAUCCAACAGCUGGCCUCUGCCCUCCUCGAGAGGUGAAGUGCUCCAGCUCCAGCUCCACCUCCCUGCUGGUAAGUUGGCUGCCCCCGGUGGCCGAGAGCCAGAAUGGCGAGCUGACGGGGUACGUAGUGCGCCACCAGGUGGUGGCCGCGGAGGCGGGCGCCAUGGAGGAGCAAGAGUGGCGCCCCUAGUGGCCAGCAGCUGCCUGCAGGAGCCUGGAAAAGUGGACCCAGUACAGCGUCAGUGCCGCCGCCUCCACCUCCAAAGGCCGAGGGCCCUUCAGCGAACCACUCGUCUGCCGCACGGACGAGGAUGAACACGAGGCCUUUGGCUCCUCCUCAUUCAUUCAUUCUGUAGGACAGGACCACAGCCCUUCUGAAGUGAAAAGUGUCAGCGGCCCCUCGGCGCUGCGGGAGGUGGAGGUGCUGGAACUGGGACGGCUAAGAAUGGGAGAGUCAAGGCUGCCUGCCAUAUCAAGGGACGUCAUGCUGGCCGACGCACAGGAGAUGAUCAUCGGUGGUCUGCAGCCCAACACCACGUUCUCGGUUACCGUGGCAGCCUACACCACCAAAGGGGACGGGGCUCGCAGCAAAGCCAAGAUCGUGGCCACUAAAGGAGCGGUGCCCGGCGCCCCAUCCCUGAGUGUGUGGCAGGAGACGGCGAGCUCCGCACUGGUGCGUUGGCAGCCGCCCGCUCCGCUGAACCCAGGCGUGGAGCUGCAGGGCUACCGACUGCAGUUCGGCCGCAAGGACGUGAGUCCGCUGGCCACGCUGGAGUUCACGCCGCGCGAGACCGAGUACGCGGUCACCAACGUCCACCGCGGCGCCACCUACCUGUUCCGCCUGUCGGCCAAGAGCCGCGGUGGGUUCGGCGAGGAGGCCGUGCAGGAGCUGACCGUGCCCGAGGAGGUGCCCCGCGGGUACCCGCAGAUCGCCGACCACGCCAACGUCACCUGCUGCUCCGUCCAGCUGGCCUGGUCGCCGCCGGUGCUCGCCGAGAGGAACGGCGCCAUCACCGAGUACACGCUGGCGUACCAGGAGGCCGACGCGGCGGCAGGGUCCAGCUCUCUCCGCGAGUUCUCCCUGCCCGCCGGACAGUCCAGCUACACGCUCAACGGCCUCAGGCCCGACACCGCCUACGACGUGAAAAUCCGCGCGCACACCCGCGUAGGUCCGGGCCCCUACAGCCCACGUGUCCAGUACCGCACGACCGCCCGCGGAUCAGACGUCCCCCGGAACUUCACCGCCAAGUUCGUCACCAAGACGACAGUGCUCCUGACCUGGAAGUUCUCUGAGAGUCGUCUCCCGUAUCGCUGCAUGAUUGAGUAUAACCGUCAGAAGAUGGACGUGGAUGCGCGUCAGGUCAAGACGCUGGUGGGCGGCCUGCAGGCCAACACGAAGCACGAAGUUCCGCCGAUGUCGUGUAUGCUGACAGCGGAGGGCCUUCCGACACACAGGGUUAUCGCCCGCACCCAUCCGCCAUCCAGAUGAAGAGGCUCCGGAAGGGACCUGAGCGGAGCCGACAACACACUCACCAUCAUCAUCCCACCGCUGGACGCCAAGGACCUGAUCAAGAAUGUGUAUGUAGUGGUGGUGCCCAUGAAGAAAAAUAAAUCACCCCCUGCAACGCCUGAUGACGUAGACCUGGACGAGCUGCUGAAGGAGGCGGGCGUUCAGACGCGGCGGUCACGGCAGCUGCAGGUGACCGAUUCCAGGAGGCCCUACAUCGCGGCCAUCUUCCUGCCGGGCAGCCUGCCGCCCUCCUUCACCCUGGGCAACGAGCUGAUGUACCGCGGCUACGAGAACCGCAUGCUGCAGCCUGGGCAGGAGUACCGCGUGUUCCUGCUGGCGGAACUCAACACCACCAGCGGAGUGAGAUGUUUAGAGUCCGCUCACGACGAGGCGGUGACCGCGGAUCUGAGGUGAAACAGCCAGCCCGUGGAGUCUGGUGGUGACGGCCUGAUCUGGGUGGUGGGGCCCGUGCUCGCCGUGGUCUUCAUCAUUUGCAUCGUCAUCGCCAUCCUCCUCUACAAGAACAAGCCUGACAGCAGUAAGCGGAAGGAGUCAGAACCCCGUACCAAGUGUCUGCUCAACAACGCUGACAUCAUGCCGCACCAUCCCACUGAUCCUGUAGAAAUGAGGCGCAUCAACUUCCAAACGCCAGAUUCUGGUCUGAGCAGCCCACUAAGUGAAGGAGGUUUUGACUGUGAAAGUAUGAUGAGCCAUCCCCCUAUCCCCAUCUCAGAGCUGGCGGAACACACAGAGCUCCUCAAGGCCAACGACAACCUGAAGCUCUCCCAGGAGUAUGAGGUAAGGGCCACGCCCACACAGGAAGUGGGGAAGGGGAGCAGGGAGUUGUGGGAAAUUCCAUCUUCAUCCAGGCCAGCAGCAGACCAGCGGUUUAAGUGGGGAGCAUUCCAAUCUGAGGUGAACAAACCCAAGAACCGCUACGCCAACGUCAUCGCCUAUGACCACUCCCGUGUCAUCCUGGCUCCUAUAGAAGGUAUCACUGGCAGUGACUACAUUAAUGCCAACUACAUCGACGGCUACCGUAAGCAGAACGCGUACAUCGCGACGCAGGGUCCUCUUCCGGAGACCUUCGGGGACUUCUGGAGGAUGGUGUGGGAGCAGCGCUCCGCUACCGUGGUGAUGAUGACACGCCUGGAGGAGAAGUCACGGGUGAAGUGUGACCAGUACUGGCCGAGUCGAGGCACGGAGACCUACGGCAUGACCCAGGUGACCCUGCUGGACACCAUUGAGCUCGCCACCUUCUGCGUGCGCACCUU